AUGGCGUGUGGCAGCAGGAGAGUCACCAUCCAGUUGGUUAACGAGGAGACAGGGCCCGAAACCAAGGGCCCAAAGCUCUUUCGGGGCCAGAACUACAAAGCAAUCCGAGCAGCCUGCCUGGAUGAGGGGAUCCUGUUCCGAGAUCCCUACUUCCCUGCUGGCCCUGAUGCCCUUGGCUACGACCAGCUGGGGCCCCACUCGGAGAAGGCCAAAGGGGUGGAAUGGAAGAGGCCCCAUCCUUUCCUCCCAGGUAACUGCUGGUUUCUUGCGGCCGCUGCCUCCCUCACUCUGUACCCCCGACUCCUGUCCCGAGUAGUACCCCCGGGACAGGGCUUCCAACAUGGCUACGCAGGUGUCUUCCACUUCCAGCUCUGGCAGUUUGGCCGCUGGGUGGACGUCGUGGUGGACGACAGGCUGCCUGUGUGUGAGGGGAAGCUGAUGUUCGUGCGCUCCGAUCAGCGGAACGAGUUCUGGGCUCCACUCCUGGAAAAGGCCUAUGCUAAGCUUCACGGCUCCUAUGAGGUGAUGCGAGGCGGCCACAUGAAUGAGGCUUUUGUGGACUUCACAGGGGGCGUAGGUGAGGUGCUUUACCUGAAGAAGGACACUCCAAACCCUCCGGGCGUCUUCUCCAUCCUGCGCCAUGCCCUGGCCAAGGAGUCCCUCGUGGGGGCCACUGCCCUGAGUGAUCGGGGUGAGUACCGGACAGAAGAUGGGCUGGUGAAGGGACAUGCAUAUUCAGUCACGGGCACACACAAGGUGUCACUGGGCUUCACCAAGGUGCGGCUGCUGCGGCUGCGGAACCCAUGGGGCCGAGUGGAGUGGAAUGGGGCCUGGAGCGACAGCUGCCCACGCUGGGAUGCGCUCCCUACAGAGUGGCGAGAUGCCUUGUUGGUGAAAAAGGAGGAUGGCGAGUUCUGGAUGGAGCUGCUAGACUUCUUCCGCCACUUCGACACCGUCCAGAUCUGCUCGCUGAGCCCCGAGGUGCUGGGCCCGAGUCCGGCUGGAGGCGGCUGGCACAUCCACACUUUCCAAGGCCGCUGGGUGCGCGGCUUCAACUCUGGUGGGAGCCAGCCUGGUGCCGAAACCUUCUGGACUAACCCCCAGUUCCGGCUGACGCUGCUGGAGCCUGAUGAAGAGGAUGAGGAAGAGGAUGGGUCCUUUCGGUGCUGGGGGGCAGGAGGGGCACGGGGCCCAGCACGGGGUGCUCGCACCCCCAAAUGCACUGUUCUCCUGUCACUCAUCCAGCGCAACCAGCGGCGCCUGAGGGCCCAGGGCCUCAAAUACCUGACCGUGGGCUUCCACGUGUUCCAGAUCCCAGAGGAGCUACUGGGCCUGUGGGACUCCCCGCGGAGUCGCGCGCACUUGUCCGGCCUGCUACGCGCCGACCGCUCGCCAUUCUGCGCCCGCCGCGACGUGAGCCGCCGCUGCCGCUUGCGCCCGGGCCACUACCUGGUGGUGCCCAGCGCCGCCCGUGCGGGCGAUGAGGCCGACUUCACGCUGCGCGUGUUCUCUGAGCGCCGCCACACUGCCAUGGAGGUAGAUGACGUGAUCAGCGCCGACCUGCACGCCCUUAUGGUCCCCUACAUUCCCCUGGAGCUGGAGUUGCAGCAGCUUUUUCAGGAGCUGGCAGGAGAGGAGGAAGAACUUGGCGCCCCUCAGCUCCAGGUCUUGUUAAGCAUCGCCCUGGAACCUGCCAGGGCCCAUGCCCAGACCCCCAGAGAAAUCGGGCUCAGGACCUGUGAGCAGCUGCUGCAGUGUUUUGGGCAUGGGGGAAGCCUGGACUUGUACCACUUCCAGCAGCUCUGGGGCCACCUCUUGGAGUGGCAGGCCACAUUCGAUAAGUUCGACGAGGACGCCUCUGGAACCAUGAACUCCUAUGAGCUGAGACUGGCGCUGAAUGCGGCGGGCUUCCACCUGAACAACCAGCUGACCCAGGCCCUCACGAGCCGCUACCGUGACAGCCGCCUGCGUGUGGACUUUGAGCGCUUCGUGUCCUGCAUGGCCCAGCUUAUCUGCGUCUUCCGCCACUGCAGCCAGCACCUGGAUGGGGGUGAGGGGGUCAUCUGCCUGACCCACAGACAGUGGAUGCAGGUGGCCACCUUCUCCUAGAUCUUGGCUCAGGAGCCCUGCCUCUCCCUGCUCCCAGCCCGGACCACGGGGAAG